UUAACUUCAGCUCCCCAAGAAACGAUGUUAAACAAUAAUAGGAUUGCUAGGCCAAAGCAUAACCAGGAAAAAAUGGUGAGGAAGGAGACUGUUUGCAUGUGGUUGCAAUGGUAAACUAAAACCAUCUGUGGAGAACAGGUACCUUUUGAUUUGCAUAUUUUUUUCUUCAUGAAUUCAGUCUUUAUAGCCUGCAAGGUAGUCAUGAUUCAGAUCAGAUCUGUGAUAGCCACAGGAGACAAAUGAAAAUAAAGGGGCUUGGGGGAUGGAAGAACAAGUAAAGUCUCAGUGGUUCCCUGGUUGAAUUUGAGAAUUUCAUCUUAUUAACAAAACUGUAGUUUUGUCAAACAUUCUGGACAAAAAAAGAAAAUGCAGAUCUGUGGCUUUCUAAAACAUAGAUUCAGUGUUAAAACUAUGUUGCCCUGCUGUACAUCAAAGGGACUGUCCUCCAAAAGCAAAUGGCUCUGAACAUUCCGUAGUAAAAGUUAAGGUUACACUAUAAACAAAAACCUAUUUUCAUAAAAUAAUUGAAAAAAGAAAAAAAAAAGCAAUUGCAAAAUGGAGGUUGCAAUGGUGAGUGCAGAUAGCUCUGGGUGCAACACCCACAUGCCCUAUGGAUACGCAGUCCAAGCUCGGGCCCGAGAGAGAGAGCGCCUGGCACAGUCCAGAGCCGCAGCAGCUGCGGCUGUAGCAGCAGCAACAGCAGCAGUAGAAGGUGGGGCAACAGGUGGAGGUGGCCCAUAUCACAACUACCAUCAGGAGCAGAGUCGAGGUGCCUCCUCCUCGCAUGGUGGGAAUGUGCCGCAUGGCAGCGUGUCCCACCGGCAGAGUGGUAAGAGACGGAAGAAAGGGAAAAAGAGGAGCCAGCAGUUGGGAAGUAGGGAAUGCGGGGCCUCCUUCCCCUGCUCUGAGCUGCUGCCUCUCAGCGGUUCUGAAGAGAGAAUACUGAAGGACUUGAGUGAGGAGGAGGAGGAGAAUGAAGACGAGGAUGAAGAUGAUGAGGAAGAAGGAAAGCUCUACUACAGUGAUGACUAUGGGGAGGAUGAGUUUUCCUACUCAGACCAGCCACCCGAUGAUGGUGGAGGCCCCGGGGGUUACAGCUCUGUUCGCUACAGCGAGUACGAGUGUUGUGAGCGUGUGGUAAUCAACGUGUCGGGACUGCGGUUUGAGACCCAACUGAAGACAUUAGCUCAGUUCCCAGAGACAUUGUUGGGUGACCCAGCAAAGCGAGGCAGAUACUUUGACCCUCUCAGGAAUGAAUACUUCUUUGAUAGGAACCGACCCAGCUUUGAUGCCAUCCUCUACUAUUACCAGAGUGGUGGUCGGCUGAAGAGGCCGGUCAAUGUACCCUUUGACAUCUUCAGCGAGGAGGUGAAAUUCUACCAACUCGGGGAGGAGGCCAUGCUCAAGUUUAGGGAGGAUGAAGGGUUUGUCAAAGAGGAAGAAGACAGACCUCUGCCGGAGAAUGAGUUUAAGAAGCAGGUUUGGCUGCUGUUUGAGUACCCGGAGAGCUCCAGUCCAGCCAGAGGCAUUGCCAUUGUCUCUGUCUUGGUCAUCUUGAUCUCCAUUGUCAUCUUUUGUCUGGAGACUUUGCCAGAGUUUAGAGAUGACAAAGAAUUCGUCAUGUCCCUGAGCUUAGGAAAGGGGCUUGCCAACGAGUCGCUUCAUCUGGAUGCUGGGGAGCACACCAUCUUCAAUGACCCCUUUUUCAUUGUAGAGACGGUAUGCAUCAUUUGGUUCUCCUUUGAGUUUACAGUACGCUGCUUUGCAUGUCCAAGCAAAGCACAGUUCUUCAAGAACGUCAUGAACAUCAUAGACAUUGUCUCCAUCUUGCCUUACUUCAUCACUCUGGGCACCGACUUGGCACAGGAACAGGGCAGUAAUGGUCAACAGGCCAUGUCCUUUGCCAUCCUGAGGAUCAUCCGUCUGGUCAGGGUGUUUCGCAUCUUUAAGCUCUCCAGGCACUCCAAGGGUUUGCAGAUCCUGGGUCAUACGCUCAGGGCCAGCAUGAGGGAACUCGGCCUCCUCAUCUUUUUCCUUUUUAUUGGAGUAAUUUUGUUUUCCAGUGCUGUUUACUUUGCAGAAGCUGAUGAGCCUGCCACCCAUUUUCAAAGCAUCCCAGAUGCCUUUUGGUGGGCUGUAGUGACCAUGACUACAGUCGGUUAUGGGGAUAUGAAACCCAUAACCGUGGGUGGGAAAAUAGUUGGGUCCCUGUGUGCCAUUGCGGGAGUGUUAACCAUUGCUUUACCAGUGCCAGUGAUUGUCUCCAAUUUUAACUAUUUCUACCACAGAGAGACUGAGAAUGAAGAACAAACGCAGCUGAUGCAAAAUGCAGUCAGCUGCCCUUACCUCCCAACAAAUUUACUGAAGAAAUUUAGAAGCUCGUCGUCUUCAUCCACAGAGGAUAAAUCAGAAUAUUUGGAGAUGGAAGAAGGAGUUAAAGAAUCUCUUUGUGUAAAAGAGAAAAAAAGUCAGGACACGGGGAAUAGUAGUGAGUCAGAGAAGAAAAACUGUGUGAAUUCCAAUUCUGUGGAAACCGAUGUGUAAUUUUGAGUGUUUCCAAAUAUAUUUAUGCAUUAAAGAGUGCAGUGAAAAUAAUGAAAUAUGCAAACAAGAGUCCACAGCAUACAGUAGUAUGCCAUUUAAUGGUUAAAUACAAAUAAAAAGCAUUGCUAAACUUCUAUUACAUAUCAAGUAAGUGGUAUGACUCGAGGAAGGGAUUGCUAGAUCUGAUAUAUUUCAGACUUUAUAUUUUUAUUAGAAUGCAAGUGUUUUGCACAAGAGGCUGAAAAAUUUAUUAAAUCCAAGAC